AUGCCCAGAGAAGAGAAUACCCACAGUACUACGCCCCCCCUCUCUGUUCCUCCGUCUCUUCCAGAAGCCAAUUCGAGUGUCUCCCCCCCCCCAAAUACCAAAUACCCGCCCCAUUCUGCUCGAUUCCCUCCGUCCUCCAGUGCCAGUCCUCCUGUCCCAUGGCUGGACACACCCCCCUCUCCAGCUAGCCGCAUCCGAUCUCCCGAUGCACUUUGUCAUCUCACCGUUUUCCCUUCCAGUUCUCUUCCACCGACCACUCUUUCCCCUUCCUCUCACAACUUAAUCACUCAGGUCACCCAUCGUAUCAUUUAA